UCAGACACAAGCUCGAAAUAGAUAAGCGAGAGUUUAUAAACAAUAAAAUGAUAAAGCGGUAAUCUCACAAUAACGCGUCCUAGACACUGUCGUAAGUUACAGACAGUAGUGUACAGACAACGCUAUGCAACGAACGCCCAGUUAUUUUGCAUUGUUGUUAAUUGUGACAGCUGGUUUUGGUUUUGUUAAGUGCAGCAGAAAAAAUGUAGAAGAUCAGGCACAUUGGAAGAAACUUGGAGUAGACGACUUGAAGAAAUUUAACAAGGUGAAAAUAAUCGACAAACCGGCCAAAAACAUCAUCCUAUUCGUAGGUGAUGGAAUGGGCCCAACCACCGUUACGGCAUCGAGAAUCUACGGCAAAACAGAAACGGGUUCGUUUAGUUUCGAACGAUUUCCAAAUGUGGGUCUUCUAAAGACCUACUCGGCAAACAAAUUCGUUCCCGAUUCCUGCAGCACCGCGACCGCACUGUUCUGCGGCGUGAAGGCCAACCAGAAGACAUCGGGGGUGGAUGCGACGGUGCCCUACAAUGAUUGCGAAGCCUCCCUGAACGCGUCCGCUCGUCUCGACAGCAUAGUGAAGUGGGCGCAGGAUGCCGGCAAGUCCACCGGCUUUGUGACGACCACCAGGGUGACGCAUGCAACUCCGAGCGCCUUGUACGCUCACACCCCCAACAGGAAAUGGGAAUGCGAAACCACCAUACCGGAAGGCGACAGAUCCAAGUGCAAAGACAUAGCCCGGCAGUUGGUCGAGGAUUUGCCUGGCAAGAAUAUUCAGGUGGUGUUCGGUGGAGGAAGACAGUGCAUGCAAACGAACGUGACACAUUCGGAAGCCGAUCCGGUCGACACGUGGUCCUGUUUCAGUAUGGACGGGAGAGAUCUAAUACGGGACUGGAAAAAUGACAAGAUCAAAAGGAAGGUAUCACAUGCAGUCGUGCAGAAUAACGAGGAGCUGGCCAAACUGAACGUCGACGAAGUCGAUUAUGCUUUAGGCAUCUUUGCAAACGGUCACCUAAAAAUGAACUACGACAGAAACACCGGCCCCCAAGGAAUGCCUUCGUUGCUGGAAAUGACUGAAAAGGCUAUUCAGAUACUACGGAAGAAUUCCAAUGGGUAUUUAUUAAUGGUUGAAGGUGGCUUGAUUGACUUCGGUCACCACCGAGGCCACGCCAAACAAGCUUUAGAUGAGACCGCUCAAAUGGAUAAAGCAGUUGAAAAAGCCGUAAGUAUGACGGAUUCCGAAAAUACAUUGAUAAUCGUCACUGCCGAUCACUCGCAUUCAAUGGUGUUCACCGGCUACGCAGGCAGAGAUCAAAACGUUUUAGAUGUCGCCCAGAAAUCACCCAUGGACCAAAUGCCCUAUACAUCCUUGUUGUACGGAACCGGAGGUCCUAAUAACUACCAAUUCAAGGUGGUGGAAGGCAAGGCCACCCGUAGGGAUCCCAGCUUGGACGAUACUCAAUCGUUCGACUAUUCACAGCAGGCUGUGGUUUAUGCGGACGAAGUAGCACAUGGAGGCACCGACGUCGUGGUUUAUGCCCAAGGACCAAUGGCGCAUUUGUUCGCUUCGGUUCAUGAGCAAACCUACGUGGCGUACGUGAUAAGUUAUGCGGCUAAAAUAGGACCGCUAAAAGAUUUUUCCAACUCUCAGGGCAAAGUUACGAUGUGUUUUAGAGAUUUUAUGUUUAUGUUCGUGUGUGUUAAUUUACUUAAUUAUUUAUUUAAAUUAAAUAUCCACUGAUGUGGUUAGAAAGUUAAUAUUUAUAUAUUUAUAAAAAAAUUCAUUCGCUCAUUGAUAAAUAUACAGUUACCAUGUUUCAUAAAUCAACUAAGAGGCUCUCUCAUUAUUUAUUGUUGAAAAACAUUACUGCAAAACAAAUUAUUUUUAAUCUUUAUUAAUACAGGAUGUUUCAUAUCAUUUAUAAAAUAUUACUGCAAAACAAA